UGUCUGUUUGGCGCUGAACGAGCAAACUUGUGGAGAGGAGACUUGGAACAUGACAACACGCGGGAGAAGACCGAGCCGAGGACUCACGCUGCACGCGUUGACUUUUUAAAGACGACAACCAUGAGACCCGGAGGUGGGAGCGAGGCGACCGACGCGCCACAACAUGACUCAGCUUCAAACUAGCGGUGCGCACCUCUUGUGUGGAUCCGAGGGACGGGAAGCAAACCGGGGAUGAACCCCCUGUAAAGACCUGCAUCUUCAACUCGGGUUAUCGGACGUGUAAUUGAUGCAAAGUGCUGCGCGCAACGAUGGCGACGACUCCUGCGCAACCGGAGACCAGGAAAUUUACGCGUGGUCUGGGUAAACCCGGCACCGCGGCUGGGCUCAGGCAGAGCGUCUCGGAGGUGGUGAGGACGUCCGUGCUGAUUGUGAAACCCAAGGUGAUCGAGCCGCUGGACUAUGAAAGUGUGCUGGUGCAAAGAAAGACCCAGAUCCUCAGCGAUGUCCUCCGAGACAUGCUGCAGUUCCCCCUGGAGGACUUCGAGAUCGCGACUCUGAGGAGGCAGGGGAGAACGCUCUACCCCACAGUGCCUGAAAACGCAGAGAGAGGAGCCCAGAGUUUGUUUGUCCAAGAGUGCAUCAAGACCUACAAGUCUGACUGGCACGUGGUCAACUACAAGUAUGAGGAUUAUUCAGGAGACUUUCGACAGCUUCCACACAAAGUAUCGCGGCCUGACAAACUGGGGGUCCAUGUGUUUGAAGUGGACGAGGAUGUUGACAAAGAUGAGGACACGGCCUCCCUAGGGUCCCAGAAAGGUGGGAUCACCAAACAUGGCUGGCUGUAUAAAGGCAACAUGAACAGUGCCAUCAGCGUCACCAUGAGGUCAUUCAAGAGGCGGUAUUUCCACCUAACGCAGCUCGGGGACGGCUCCUACAAUUUAAACUUCUACAAGGAUGAGAAGAUCUCCAAAGAGCCCAAAGGAACCAUCUUCUUGGAUUCCUGCAUGGGUGUGGUUCAGAACACCAAGGUUCGGAAGUUCGCCUUCGAGCUGAAGAUGCAGGAUAAGAGCACCUACCUGCUGGCUUCGGACAGUGAGGGAGAGAUGGAGGACUGGAUCAACACCUUCAACAAGAUACUGCACAGCAGCUUUGAAAUCGCCAUGCAGGAAAAGCGGAAUGGAGACGUCCAUGAUGAUGAUGAUCUUGGAAAGUCAGACAGCUCCUCUGGCAGCAUGGACAGCUUUCAGAGCACCAGAGAGAUAGAGUCCAGGAUGAGGAACGAGACCAGAUUGAAGCUGUUCACCCUGGACCCUGACACGCAGAAGCUCGAUUUCUCAGGAAUAGAACCGGAUGUGAAGACUUUUGAGGAGAAGUUUGGCAAACGGAUUCUGGUGAACUGCAACGACCUCUCGUUCAAUCUGCAAAGCUGCGUGGCCGAAAACGAAGAAGGGCCGACGACCAACGUGGAGCCCUUCUACGUCACUCUCUCACUGUUUGAUAUCCAAAAUGGGAGGAAGAUCUCCUCUGACUUCCACGUGGACUUGAACCACCCGUCUGUGCGGGGCCUGGUGCCCAGUAACAUCAACCAGUACAUGAACGGAGGAGGGGACGCCCACCCUGAGGGGCCCCGGUUAGUCCAUGGGGUGCCGGAGGCAGCCAUGCAGUAUCCCAAACAGGGGGUGUUCUCAGUAACAUGUCCUCACCCAGAUAUCUUCCUAGUGGCUCGUAUAGAGAAGGUGCUUCAGGGGGGAAUCAACCACUGUGCUGAGCCGUACAUGAAGAGUUCAGACUCCACCAAGGUGGCACAGAAGGUCCUGAAAAAUGCCAAGCUGGCAUGUAGCCGAUUAGGCCAGUACAAGAUGCCUUUUGCCUGGGCAGCAAGGCCUUUGUUCAAAGACGCUUCAGGGACGCUUGACAAAAAUGCCCGUUUCUCUGCUCUGUACAGACAGGACAGCAACAAGCUGUCCAACGAUGAUAUGCUCAAGCUGCUGGCUGACUUCAGAAAGCCAGAGAAGAUGGCCAAGCUGCCUGUUAUCCUCGGAAACCUUGAUGUUACCAUCGACAGUGUAGCCCCCGACUUGUCAAAUUGUGUUACCUCAUCCUACAUUCCUGUGAAGCAGUUUGAAGUUGGCGAGAAGAGCAGCGUGUUCUUCGAAGUGGAGGAGUUUGUGCCGUAUAUAGCCAAAUGUUCUCAGCCUUUCACCAUCUACAACAAUCACCUCUACGUCUACCCGAAGCACUUGAAGUAUGACAGCCAGAAGUCAUUCGCAAAGGCCAGAAACAUUGCUGUCUGCAUUGAGUUCAAGGACUCCGAUGAAGAAGAGGCUGUUUCACUGAAGUGCAUCUAUGGUCGACCUGGAGGACCAUUGUUUACCAAGAAUGCCUUUGCUGCCGUCCUGCAUCACCAGCACAACCCUGAAUUUUAUGAUGAGUUCAAGAUUGAGCUGCCGACGCAGCUCCAUGAGAAACACCACCUGCUUUUCACCCUCUACCAUGUCAGCUGUGAGAACAACAGCAAGGCCAGCACCAAAAAGAGAGAACUGGUUGAGACACAAGUGGGCUACGCCUGGCUCCCCUUGCUGAAGGACGGCCGGGUGAUCAUGAACGAGAGUCAGAUCCCUGUGGCUGCCAACCUGCCGGCUGGAUACCUCAGCAGUCAGGAGGGAGCUGGCAAGCAUGGGUCAGGUCCUGAAGUCAAGUGGGUGGAUGGAGGGAAGCCUUUGUUCAAGGUGUCUGCUCACCUUGUUUCCACCGUCUACACUCAGGAUCAACAUUUACACAACUUCUUUCAUCACUGUGAGAGCGUCACGUCUGCAGCGCAGGUGCCAGGAGGAGAGCUGGUCAAAUACCUGAAGAGUCUGCACGCCAUGGAGAGUCAUGUGAUGAUCAAGUUCCUGCCCACCACCCUGAAUCAGCUGUUCAGGGUGCUCACCAGUGCCACCCAAGAGGACGUGGCCGUCAACGUCACCAGAGUCAUGAUUCACAUUGUUGCCCAGUGCCAUGAGGAGGGGUUGGAACAUUAUCUGAGAUCAUACGUGAAGUUUGUAUUCAAGACUGAGCCGUACACGUCGUCCACCACCCGAUUAGUGCACGAGGAGCUGGCCAAAGCCAUGACCGCCAUCCUGAAGCCCUCCACUGACUUCCUCACGAGCAACAAACUGCUGAAGUACUCCUGGUAUUUCUUUGAAGCCUUAGGGAAGUCCAUGGCUCAGUACCUGAUUGAGAGCUGUAAAGUGAAGUUGUCCAGGAAUCAGCGCUUCUCUGUAACUUUCCAUCACACGGUGGAGACACUGGUCAACAUGAUGAUGCCACACAUCACACAGAAGUACAAAGACAACCUGGAUGCCGCCAGGAACGCCAACCACAGUCUGGCCGUCUUCAUCAAGCAUUGUAUCAACCUGAUGGACAGAGGCUUUGUGUUCAAGCAGAUCAACAACUACAUCAACGGUUUUAUGCCUGGAGACCCAAAAACGCUCUUUGAGUUCAAGUUUGAGUUCCUGCGUGUCGUAUGCAACCACGAGCACUACGUCCCCUUAAACCUGCCCAUGCCGUUUGGAAAGGGAAGGAUACUGAGAUUUCAAGCUUUAUUAUCUCCAUGUGAUACAGUGGAGUCAUUCGAUACUCCAGCAGACCUUCAACUGGAUUACUCGCUGACAGACGACUUCUGUAAGAACCACUUCCUGGUCGGGCUGCUGCUCAGAGAGGUCGGUGCAGCUCUGCAGGAGUUCAGGGAGAUUCGUCAGGUUUCCAUCCAGGUGUUGAAAAAUCUGAUGGUCAAACACACGUUUGAUGACCGCUACACCUCCAAGAGCCAACAGGCCAGGAUGGCCACCUUGUACUUGCCCUUGUUUGGUCUUCUCCAAGAGAACGUGAACAGGCUGAAUGUGAAGGAAGUCACUCCUUUCACCAUCAACCACUCCAACAAUAACGGAAGAGAAGAUUCACUCUAUACCAAUGUGUUGAUGACGCCUCCCAGGUCCAGCACCUUCCUGGACACCAGCUUACACAAAGAUGUGUUUGGAGUCAUCUCAGGCACCGCUUCCCCUCACACGUCAUCUACCCCCAACAUCAGCUCUGUGCGCCACGCGGGCUCCCGCGGCUCCCUCAUCAGCACCGACUCGACCAGCAGCCUGCAUGAGAAGAGCACGGAAAAGGGAAACUCUCUGGAAAAGACGGAGAAGGUCGUACGGAGACGCUCUGUCAACCUCCUGCGUUUCUUUACGGAGGAGCUCUCCCUGCACACAAAGCGUGUCACCGUGGACUUCUCCCUGCUCUCUGUCCCCUGUGUUUUACACAGCACCCUGCACCCCAGCGUUUCACUCCAAAACCAGACUCCCACCACCCUGGGCAGCCCCCUGCUGCGAUGUGACAAACUGGACCAGGCGGAGAUCAAGAGCCUCCUCAUGUGUUUCUUACAUGUGCUUAAAAGCAUGUCUGAGGAUGCUCUGUUCACUUACUGGAACAAGGCCUCAUCUGCUGAGCUAAUGGACUUCUUCACUCUAGUCGAAGUUUGCCUCCAUCAGUUCAGAUACAUGGGGAAGAGAUACAUCGCAAGGAACCAGGAGGGGGCAGGACCCGUAGCUCAUGAGCGGAAGUCUCAGACUCUGCCCGUGUCCCGUAACAGGGCAGGAAUGAUGCAUGCCCGCUUACAGCAGCUCAGCAGCCUGGAUAACUCAUACACUUUUAACCACACUUACAGUCACUCGGAUGCUGACGUGUUGAACCAGUCGUUGCUGGAGGCCAACAUCGCCACUGAAGUGUGCCUGACUGUCCUGGACACCCUCAGUAUCUUCAUCAUGGGUUUCAAGACUCAGCUGUGCUCGGAUCACGGCCACAGUCCACUGAUGAAGAAGGUGUUUGAAGUCCAUCUCUGUUUCCUGCGAAUCAACCAAUCAGAAACGGCCCUCAAGCAGGUCUUCACCUCCCUGCGCACCUUCAUCUACAAGUUUCCCUGCACUUUCUUCGAAGGCCGUUCUGACAUGUGUGCCGCGUUCUGCUACGAGAUCUUGAAGUGUUGUAACUCCAAGCUGAGCUCCAUCCGCAGCGACGCAGCCCAUCUGCUGUACUUCCUCAUGAAGAGCAACUUUGACUACACGGGUCGCAAAUCCUUCGUCCGGACGCACUUACAGGUGGUGAUCGCUGUCAGUCAGCUGAUCGCUGACGUCAUUGGUAUUGGGAGUACCCGCUUCCAGCAGUCUCUGUCAGUCAUCAACACCUGCGCCAACAGUGACAAGACUAUUAAGAACACGGCGUUCCCGUCGGAUGUGAAGGACCUGACCAAGCGCAUCCGGACGGUUCUGAUGGCCACGGCUCAGAUGAAGGAGCACGAGAGGGACCCGGAGAUGCUGGUGGACCUGCAGUACAGCCUGGCCAAGUCCUACGCCAGCACGCCCGAGCUACGCAAGACCUGGCUGGACAGCAUGGCCCGGAUCCACGUGAAGAACGGAGACCUGUCCGAGGCGGCCAUGUGCUACGUGCACGUUGCAGCGCUCGUGGCAGAAUACCUGCGGAGAAAAGGCAUGUUCAAGCAGGGCUGCUCAGCUUUCCGUGUGGUGACUCCAAACAUCGACGAGGAAGCAGCGAUGAUGGAGGACGUCGGCAUGCAGGACGUCCAUUUCAAUGAAGAUGUCCUUAUGGAGCUUUUGGAGGAGUGUGCUGACGGACUGUGGAAAGCCGAGCGUUACGAGCUCAUCUCCGACAUCUACAAGCUCAUAAUUCCCAUUUAUGAGAAGCGCAGGGACUUUGAGAAACUGGCGCACCUGUAUGACACGCUGCAUCGUGCAUACAGCAAAGUCACAGAGGUCAUGCACACGGGCAAGAGGCUGCUGGGCACCUAUUUCAGAGUGGCCUUCUUUGGACAGGGCUUCUUUGAGGAUGAGGACGGUAAAGAGUACAUCUACAAAGAGCCCAAAUUCACGCCCCUGUCUGAAACAUCUCAGCGGCUGCUCAAACUCUAUUGUGACAAGUUCGGUCAGGAGAACGUGAAGAUGAUUCAGGACUCUGGCAGGAUUAAUCCCAAAGACUUGGAUUCAAAGUAUGCAUACAUCCAAGUGACACACGUGACCCCUUACCUGGAGGAGAAGGAGCUGGUGGACAGGAAGACUGACUUUGAAAAGAGCCACAACAUCCGUCGCUUCGUGUUUGAGAUGCCUUUCACCAUAUCGGGCAAAAAGCAAGGCGGCAUUGAGGAGCAGUGCAAACGCAGGACCAUACUGACCACCACACAUUGCUUCCCAUAUGUAAAGAAACGUAUUGCAGUGAUGUAUCAACACCACACUGACCUGAGCCCCAUCGAGGUGGCCAUCGACGAGAUGAGCAAGAAGGUGGCUGAGAUCGAGCAGCUCUGCUCCUCCAGUGAGGUGGACAUGAUCCGCCUGCAGCUCAAACUGCAGGGCAGCAUCAGUGUUCAGGUAAAUGCAGGACCGCUCGCAUAUGCCCGAGCUUUUCUGGACGACUCGAGCGCCAAAAAAAAUCCUGAAAACAAGGUCAAACAGUUGAAAGAGGUCUUCAGGCAUUUUGUGGAGGCGUGUGGCCAUGGCUUAGGCAUUAACGAGCGCCUAAUCAAAGAGGACCAACAGGAGUAUCAUGAUGAGAUGAAAGCCAACUAUAGAGACCUUGCCAGAGAGCUGUCCAUCAUCAUGCAUGAGCAAAUCAGUCCUGUGGAAGAUGGCAUGAAGAGCGUUCUUCCAGACUCGCUUCACAUCUUUAACGCUAUCAGUGGCACGCCAACCAGCGCCACCAUCCAGGGCAUCCCCAGCUCUUCCUCUGUGGUGUGAUGCGGAGCUGGUGUGACCCUUGACCUCAGCGCCCCCCACACCAGACAUGCGUGUGAAUCCAUGCGGUCACUUCCAAACCUGAAUCCUGCUUUUGCUUCUGUCGGCUCAAAGGAGGAACCGACGAGGGCACAGACAAAUCCAACUCUUAUCAGUGGACCAUGACCAAGGCACUGGACCUUUUUUAAUUAAUACAGUAUAUGUGGAAACUGGAUGUGCUCGGUGUGUGGCCAAUUUUAUUUUCCUGGACAAACAUUGCAUUUGAGGCACGAGCCCUGAGGCGGCUGAGCAGGAAACCCCGCGUCAUCGCCACACAGCACAAACCCGUGGUCUCCUUCACAUGAGACCACAGUUUCUCUAUAGAGAAAAUCACGUUGGGCUCUUUCAUAUGCAUGUCAUUACAAUACACCCGCUCAACAGCCCAUUGUUUUGUUUAUUUUUAUGAUGUUACACAUUGUGUUUUUAAUGUGCAUUAUUCCACUUUUAUAAGCCACUGUAUUGAUGUAUUGAUGAACAGUAUACACUACAUUCAUCGAUGCUCAUCUACCUGCACAUGAAGCUCUGUUUCUACCGGUGUGCAGUUUGAAAAAGGGCCUCCUGUGUUUAGUAUUCAACCUUAAGUCACUACAAUGUCUUAGAGUGAAAGAGUUUUUAAAUAUUUAAAGCCAUUGCAAACAAAAAAAGUAUAUUCCAAGUUGUUUUUAAUGUAUAUAAAAAAAGGAGUGUGUGCAAUAUUUGCAAAGUUUCUUGCUGUGUGGGGCUUAUACACUGUAAAGACAUGUUCACCUUCUUGCCAAAGCAAUGAGGUGUGUAACCAAAAACUUUGCCUACUGUGGGAGUGAUAUGAAGCUUUUACCAUUGUAGUGUUCAAAUGUUCAAUAAAUUGUUUUAUAUUUGGGCGACGAUGGUUUUAUAAAAAAAUGUAUUUAACACAAAUUCACUGUUCUGCUGUAAACAGAUGUUCCUUUAUGCUUUUCUUUUAAAUAAAAUGCACUCAUUUCUCUGCA